ACUGUCUUUCCCAUCAUGCAAUCUCGGUUGGAACUACCAAAGAUAAGACUGGCCAAGGUAGAACAUAUUUUUCUUCGUCUGUGGCUUGUCCUUUCUCUAUUUCAGUCACUUAACGAAACCGAAGUCUCGACGACGUUUUUAGCAUUAGCCACAUUACGGACUCAAACAUCAGUUUUCGAGUCUUACCACUCGAUGAUGUUUUGCGAUAUAUUUUAGCCUAGCCUAGCCUAGCCUAGCCUAGCCUAGCUGACCAACUGCUAACAAAGCUGCAAGGCACGUUGUCAAUCGUUCAGAAAUCAAGUCAGGAAAAUGUCAGCGAGAACGACAUCGGCUGCAGUAAAGUUCCAGGAGGAACUUUGUGGAGUAAAAGAGGAGCCCCCACGUCAGCAACCCUCGACUGUGUGCGAAAUAAUGCACGCAAAGGUUGUUCUUCACAGACUAGAAGAUCUGUAUGUCAGCCAAGCCCAUCCUCUUGAGCACCAGGAGUCUGCAUGCAUCAAGGGGGAGGAAGAAGAAUCACCAUACAUCAAGGAGGAAGAGUCCGUUCACAUUCAAGGUUUCAGAAAAUAUAUUGGUGCUGAGACAGAAUCUCCUGGCCUUAAAGAGGAUGUUGAAAUCCCCCAAAUCAAAGAGGAGGAGGAGCCAGAGCCCUGUCAACAGAAGCAACUUCCAAUCAAAAAGGAGGAGGAGGAGGAGCUGCAAUAUGGUAAAGAGGAGGUAGAGGAAGAGCAUAUCACCAGGUUGACUGGUGAGCCCUUGAAGAGUGAAGAUGGUUUGAGUGAGGCCGGCAGAGGGGCGGAGCCUCCAAGCGAGGGCAGUAGCAGCAGCUCAACAGAAGGAUUGCAAGCAGACAUUGACAUUGCUUCAUCAGACAGAGAUGGCGCCACGUCAGACUCGCCCUACAAUGAUGAUGGUCAUAAGACAUCUCUCGGUGAUGACAAACUCUGGAAAUGCUCUCUGUGUGGGAAAACCUUUGCUACUAAGUAUACUUGUCGUAGACAUAUGAAGAUCCACACUGGUGAAAAACCUUAUGUCUGCUCAGUUUGUGGAAAGAGUUUUAUUAAUUCGGGAGACUUAACAAGACACAAAAGAAUCCACACUGGAGAAAAACCUUUUUCCUGCUCAGUUUGUCAUCAACGAUUCGCUUGGAAGCAACACUUUAAACAUCACACAAGAACCCGCACUUGCGAAAAAACUUUUUCCUGCUCGAUUUGUGAUCAAAGAUUUGAUCGGAAGAAACUCUUAAAACAACAUACAAGAACCCACACUGGCGAAAAACCUUUUCCCUGCUCAGUUUGUGGUCAAAGAUUCAGUCAAAAGGGAUCCUUAAAACGACACACAAGAAACCACACUGGAGAAAAACCUUUUCCCUGCUCGGUUUGUGAUCAAAGAUUUUCUCGAAAGCAAUAUUUAGAACAACACACAAAAACCCACACUGGUGAAAAACCUUUUUCCUGCUCAGUUUGUGGUCAAAGAUUCCGUCUAAAACAACAUUUAACAAAACAUGCAAGAACACACACUGGCGAAAAACCUUGUUCCUGCUCAGUUUGUGGUCAAAGAUUCACUCAAAAACAUAGCUUGAAAAGACACACAAGAAUCCAUACUGGAGAAAAACCUUUUCCCUGCUCAGUUUGUGGUCAAAGAUUCGCUCAGCAGGAACACUUAAAACAACAUACAAAAACACACACUGGCGAAAAAAAUUAUUCCUGCUCAGUUUGUGGUCAAGGAUUCUAUCGUAUAGAAACCUUAAAAAAACACAAAAGAAUCCACACUGGCGAAAAACCUUUCUCCUGCUCAGUUUGUGAUCAGAGAUUUGCUCAGAAGCAAACCUUAACACAACACAUAAGAACCCACAGUGGUGAAAAACCGUUUUCCUGCUCAGUUUGUGGUCAACGAUUCGCUCGUAUAGAAACCUUAAAAAAACACAAAAGAACCCACACUGGCGAAAAACCUUUUUCCUGCUCAGUUUGUGAUCAAAGAUAUGCUCAGAAGGAAACCUUAAAACAACACAUAAGAAGCCACACUGGAGAAAAACCUUUUUCCUGCUCAGUUGGGAGACUUGACAACACACACAAAAACCCACACUGGUGAAAAACCUUUUUCCUGCUCAGCUUGUGAUCAAAUAUUUGCUCAGAAGCAAACCUUAAAACAGGGGUCCCCAAACUUUUUCCUGUGAGGGCCACAUAACUUUUCCCUUCUCUGGUGAGGGGCUGGGGUCAGUUUGUAACAGAAAAGGUGUGACAAUUGCAGGAGUGCCAAAAUGUAAAGAUUAGGGCUGUCAAACCAUUCAAAUUUUUAAUCGAGUUAAUUACAGAUUAAAAAUUAAUUAAUCGUAAUUAAUUCCAAUUAAUCGCAAUUCAAACCAUCUAUAAAAUACGCCAUAUUUUUCUGUAAAUUAUAUAUAUAUACUGUAAAAUAAAUUGUUGGAAUGGAAAGAUAAGACACAAGAUGGAUAUAUACAGUGGGAAGAACAAGUAUUUUUUCCCAUUGGCAGUGUAUCAAAUACUUGUUCUCCCCACUGUACAUUCAACAUACGGUACAUAAGGACUGUAGUGGGCAUUUCACUCUACUCUCAUUUAAAUCUGUCUAUGCUGUCCUCACUCUGAAGCGUCUACUUUUUCCAAAGCUAGACAGCUAGUGAACGACGCCUUAAUAAUCAGACUUCUUCCUUUUUCAUCUCAUUUAUUAAUAAAAUAGCCUCAAACCAUUGUCCUCUUUAGACCGUCAUAAAACUACAAAAAAAAAAAAGUACACAAGCAUUGCAUUAGCAACAACGUUAGCUCAGCACGCUAUACAGGUUCACUAAACAUAAACAAAAAGCGUCUCAUACAAAAAAUAGAUCAUUUCGCUUAGUAACAUAAUAUGUACAUUCUUUACAACAACCAUACUUACGGACAAAUCUUGCCCAAGGAUCAUAUAAGCACAACAUUACAACGUAGGCGUCAGCCCGAGAAUUCGUGCAGCCAUAUUGAACUGGCAAGAAAAAAAUAAACCAUGUCGCAAAGCGACCACAAGAGUUCGCUGUUAGCACAAAAAGCCUUGCUGUAAAACUUACCAAAAGGCAGAAUACUGUCUGAGCGGGACAUGUGCGUUAAUUGCGUCAAAUAUUUUAACGUGAUUAAUUUAAAAAAUUAAUUACCGUGUGUUAACGCGAUAAUUUUGACAGUCCUAGCUAGGAGUGGGAACCUCAGGGCACCUCACGAUACGAUACGAUUCACGAUACAAGGCUCACGAUAACGAUUAUAUCACGAUACAGCAAUUAUCGAUAUAUUGGUCAGAAAUUGGAUACAUGACAUUCUACGAUACAACUGUUGAAACAGAAAAAAAAAGUCAUUUAUUAAACAGUGACACCUUUUCUGUGCAACAUUGCUGUUAAAUAAAAAUCUACUGCAAAUUGUGCCCCUGCACAUAUAGAGGAAACCAACCACGACCACUGAUGUCGCUUGGAGAGAUCAUGAUGAAUGGCACCCUUAAUUUCUUUAAAGUUUUAAAUCUUUAAAAAAAAUAAUAAAUAAAAAGUGCCGUAGGUAUCAGCAGUUGAGCUUGGAGUGGGGCAAUGAUAAAAUUGGUGGGUCUUUUCUUCGUUUAUGAACUUUGUUGCUUGGUUUGAGCACUUCCGCUAUCUGCUUCAGCAUUUAAGAUGUCAGACUUGCUCAGUCAGUCUUCCUCACCUUAAAAACAACAAAAUAAAACAAAAAAUAUUAGCUACUUCAUAGCGUUUGAGUUGAAAUCCUGAUUUUUUUUUUUUUUUUGUGUUGGAAGUAUUGAAUUAAAAAAAUAUGAUUUGAAUGUAUAGAAAUUAAAAAUUCAAUAAUUACCUAUUUUUAAUAUGUAGGCUACAUCAAUAAUUACCUAUUUUUAAUAUGUAGGCUACAUUAAUUAUCAUGCACAUCACUUUAUAUAUCUUGGAACCUAUUCAAACCAUUUUUAUAGCUUAUUGUAUCAAAAUGACAGUAAUAACAGUUUGUGUAGUAAACUAGAUGGAAAUUGGUUCUCAAAUAAAUCGGUAAAUUCAUGUGGGCUUGUUCGAUAUUCAUUUUCAUCCAGUUUAGGGUCCUGGUUUAUAUCAUUCAACACCAAAUGUCAUCAAAAUAAUACAUGUAAAUUAAAAAGUCAAUUACAUUGCAAAACUUUCUUACCUCAAGUGAUGAAAGCGAAGCUCACAAACUCCAGUGUCCACUACGUCACCAGCUCCCAGUGAAACUUAUUUUUCUUAGUAAAUUCUUGCAUACAGCAAAGUCCUUGUUCACCUUACUUCCUUUCUUGUUGGUGUAAAAUCUAAAGUGUGUCCCCAUGUGUGAUUUGUAGCAAUAUUUUUCCCUCCACCGCUCUCACGGAGCUUUUUUAUUUUUUCAACCCACUUGGAGUUCCUCUCUUCUUCUCUAGACAACUUGUGCGCACUUUACCCUCACCGCCACUCCCGAGCGUCCCUAGUGGACCGCCAAGGAAUUGCAUCCAUACUCUAUUGUAUGGCCAAUAUGUUAAAUAAAAGUAUCGAUUCUUGGCGGGAGCAUAUCGAUAACCCAUCGGGUUGCAAAAUAUCGCGAUAUAUCGCUGUAUCGAGAUAUUGUCACACUCUUAGUCCUAGCAAAGAUAUAUUGUUUUUCAGAAAGCCACAAUCAAAUAACCCUUUCUGGAUUCUUCACGGAACAAAAGUAAAUAAAAUAACAAUAAUAAAUAAUAAUAACAGCAUUAAUUAGAUAGAUAUUAACCUAUAACCCUCUCUGGGUUAUUCACAGAAAAAAGCCAGGAAAUAAAUAACACUAUUGGAAAAAAAUAUAUAUAAUUUUUUUUUUUCCAAAUAUUUUUUUUUUGUUCAGGGGGCCCAGACCAAAUGUGGAAGCGGGCCUCAGUUUGGGGACCCCUGCCUUAAAACAACACACAAGGACCCACACUUCCGAAAAACCGUUUUCCUGCUCAGUUUGUGGUCAAGUAUUCGCUCAUAAAGAAACCUGACAAACUCACAAAAGGACCCACACUGGUGAAAAACCUUUUUCCUGCUCUGUUUGUGGUCAAAGAUUCGCUCAGAUGGAUUGGAUAAAGAGACACGUGUGUGUUGGAAGCAGUAGCCAAUGACUGUUUUGCCUUUCAUCAUUGCUGUGGCCUAUAGACCCUACCCACCGACGUCGCAAAAUCACGUGAUCGCUGUAUUGUUCCGCCCCAUUGUCCGUCAUUUUGUGUCUGUAUUAUCAAUGGUCUCAAUUGAUCGAGCAAUUUAUAAUGCAUUUCAUGGAAGACCCGGUGCUUUCGGAUGCCGUAAACUCACUGGAUGCGUUGCAUAAAAGGCAUUAUGUGGAAAAGCUUCAGUUUAUCCAUUCGCCGGAUCCAUAUUUGAUGCCUAAAUCGAUGUUUUUCGACCCGCUGUCUUCGCCGUCUUUGCCUGACAUCUGCUAGCUACCCUGAUAUUUACAAAUAUCUUGUCCACACAAAAUCAGCUUAUUCUCACGAAAGUUUGAAAAACUUUAAGAGCUUGGAGGCUUAUAAAUACUUCGUUGCUGGUUGGGUGAAACAGGUCCUUGUCCACGAAAAUUCGGCAGGAAUCUAUCUUGUGCUUGGAAAGGUGAGUUACGAAAUUUUCAAUUCAAAAUCUUUUGUUAUUGCUAACAUCCACUGUCAAGUCUAAUGUAUUUCAUGUCGUUUGUCAAUGGGGUUAGGGCUUUUAAUGUUUAUAUGGUUUAGCAAUAGCACUCUCACUACAUACAUACGUGUAUGUUGUCGGCGAUUAGCCUAGCAAUGAUCUUAAUUGUGGUUGUCAGCCCAAAACCCUCUAAAUAUAUAUUAACCCUUUAACACCUAAGCCUAUUUUGGCCGAAUUUGCAUGCAUUUGAUGUUGCCUUUAUAUUUCAAAGAAAAAAAUGUUUACAAUGGCCAAGUUGGGUCCCUCAGCCCAAAACCCUCUAAAUAUAUAUAAAAUGACUACUACAUAAUCUGUGGUAAUCGUUUGGAGCCCAGUUUUCUCAUCGAAUUGCAGCAGCCCAUAUAGCUCUCCUCUCCGGGUCUCUCCGUCUAUCUUCUCUGUUAUUGCAACCGACCGCCACACACGCCUUCACAAUUUUGAUUAUUAAUGUUAACGAGCAGAAAAACACACCGUAAAUAGGAGGAAUGUACGUAGCCGUAACAGGUAAACACGAUGUGUUGACGGACAAUUGGAUGGCGCCAGUCAGGAGGGCGGAGUUGUGACGUCACGUGGGUAGUGUCUAUACUACGAACGGAGUUCAACCUCCCCAGAAGUAAUCCUGCUUACCAGCGGGUAACCUGAGUUGACAAAACCUGGUUAUCUAGUUAGUGGUCAAUCGGUGCUAUGACGCUGAUGAGGAGGUUGAUUCGUCGAACCUAUGUCAACCCAGUCAGAGUUACUGCGCGUUCACAUAGAAGGGGGUGGACACCAGAGUCAAACACUACUUGUAACGGUGGCACGUGCGCCUUACUUCACGGAGGAGGAAUGCACGAUCAUCAUGCGGAGUUAUGAGGAAUUAAAAUCCACCCGCACUGCGAAAACCAACACCGCUUCAGGUGGGAGAGUGCGACUGGUCUGUUGGCAGCGAAUUACAGAUCGUGUGAUUUGUAAAUGCAUCAAUAUGCGAGUUUACUUACGUCCAUGAAAAGAAAUAAAGCCUGCUGUCAGGACAAUAAAAUUAGAUUUGGUACGUUAACUGUAAGAAAUAAUUUAUUGUGCAUCACCACAUGAAGCAGGAUGAUUGUAUGUUUAGUCCCAUUGACUGUAUGAAUAUGUAUGUCCUUUGAACAUCUACAGAGCAGAGGUUAGAUUGGGCCUAAAAUAAUCCAGCCUGACCCGGCCCGAGCCUGAACCACCCCCCACCCCCCCUCCGAAAUUUAAUGUUAUAUUUGUGAGGACUCAGGAGAAGAAGGAAAUGCGGGGAUGCGAUAUGUGGUUGCGUUUUGUGUGAUCACAUUUGUGACAAUGCGUAAUGACAAUAAAUUUAAACCCGUCUUUUGUAACGAAUCUCACAGUUAAACAAGACUGUAAGAUGGAUAUUCAAUAAACAUUUAUAACUUUUAUAUUUGUGUGUCUGCUCUAUCUGUGGAUUUGACAUUUAUUUUAAUCUUUUCGAGUUGGCAGAAAAAAAAACGCAAGUUUUUUCAAUGUUUAAAUUGUCUACAUAUUUUUAUUAUUACUAUAAAUGCAUUUACACAACGAAAU